AUGCCGAACCUCACCGAGGUCGCGCGCUCGAAGGACCUCCUGCUCAAGGUGGAGGGCCAUUCGGUGACCACGGCCAUGGGCGACGGCGAGUUCAUCAAGUCCAGCAGAUGGAUCGUCGGCGGCCACUUCUGGGAGAUCCACCUGCGCCCCAAGGACCACUGGGCCGGCCGCCACCGGCCGGUGACCCUCAAGCUCGUCCUGCGCUCCGAACCUCGCGGGGGCGACGUCAAGGCCAAGCUCAGCUGCCGCCUUGUCGACCCGGCCGGUAGGCUGGGCCCGUCCGAGGAGAAGAGCGUGGCGCACAAGUUCCAGCGCCCGGGGGAUUACUCCAGCCCCGCCGUGCUCACGGCGAGGGAGGACCUGGAAGCCUCCGGCUACCUCGCAGACGACGCCUACACGGUGCAGUGCGCCAUCGCUGUGCUCCGGGAAGUCCCGCCGCAGACGGCGACGGCCGCCGACGAUCCCCGCCGGGAGGCGGCCGUGCCGUCCCCGGACCUGCUCCGGCACCUGCGCGAGCUCCUGCGGGAGGGGACGGGCGCGGACGUCACGUUCCUCGUGUCCGGCCAGCCGUUCGCCGCGCACAGGGCCGUCCUCGCCGCGAGGUCGCCGGUAUUCAUGGCCCAGCUGUUCGGGGGCAUGAGGGAGGGGUCCUCCUCCCGGCGCGUCGAGAUCGAGGUCAAGGACAUAGAACCCGCGGUCUUCGGGGCCCUGCUCGGCUUCGUCUACACCGACACCGUGCCGGAGCUCGACCGGCUAGAGGGGGAGGAAGAGGCGGCGUCGAUGGCGCAGCACCUGCUCGCCGGCGCGGACAGGUACGGGCUCGACAGGCUGAAGCUGAUCUGCGAGUGGAAGCUGUCCGACGGCAUCACCGUCGACACGGCGGCGACCACGCUGGUGCUGGCGGAGCAGCACCGCUGCUGGCGGCUCAAGGCGAGGUGCGUGGAGUUCGUCGCUGGGUACCUCGACGCCGUCUUGGAGACGGAGGGGUACAGGCACCUGGAGGAAAGCUGCCCCGCGGUGCUCACCGACCUUCUCAAGGCUGCGCGUGGAGUGGAGGGGCCAACUAGUUAG